AUCUCGUCGUCAUCGCAGUAAUAAAAACUAGAAGAAAGCGAACUGGAGUCAAAAGCGCUGCAGAAAAAAUUACACGCAGGAGAAGAAGGAAUUCGGGCACGGAAAAAUCCGACGUAGGCAGUGAAAACCUCGACGAGCAGUGGCCUCGCUGUGUCUGCCCGCAACAGAUCAAUAGGUGUGUAAAGCGAAAAACGUGGUCGAAAUUGUGCCUAAAAGUCGCUUUUGCCCGCUUGCUGCUGCUGCUGCUUCCUUUCGGUCGAAAGUGGUGCAUUCGUCGCAUCGCGGCUCCGCCACUAUAGCACACAACAACGGUGGGUUUUCCGGUGAAACAAAUCAGCUAAAGCGGACCCUCCCGAGACGGCCAAAAACCUCUUCCACCCUCCGGAUCUACCGCCACCACCAGCACACAGCAGGCUACAGAAACAAUGGCGGAUGUUGACGAUGUGAUAAGCGACCAGGACAAGAUCCGAAUCGCGUCCGACUUCCUGAUGCACGCACCGCCCGGCGAGUUUAACGAAGUCUUCAACGAUGUGCGCGAGCUGCUGAACGACGAUCGGCUGCUGAAGGAGGGCGCGAGUGCCGCCUGCGCCCAGUACAACAAGGACCAGCUCACUCCAGUGAUCCUCGAAAACUCCGAGCUGGCCGUGCUCAUCACAGAGUUUAACGAUCUCGGUGGUGGCCGUUUCUUCGAUCCGCGCACCAAGCAAAGCUUCAAGUUCGACCACCUGCGCAAAGAAGCGUCCGAUCUGCAGAACCACGACGGCGACCACACGUCCGAGCAGUGGCGCGCGAUGCUGGACAUCGAGACGCUCACAUACUCCGCCAACCACUACCGCAACGGGUCCUGCUCGGUGUUCGGCCGAACGGUGAACGGGCAGAUCACGCUCAACGUCUGCAUCGAGGACCACCAGUUUCAGCCGAAAAACUUCUGGAACGGCCGGUGGCGCUCCGUGUGGGCGAUCACGUUCCCCGCGACCGGGGGCGGCACGGCCGAGCUGAAGGGUUCGCUCAAGCUGCAGGUGCACUACUACGAGGACGGCAACGUGCAGCUGGUGUCGGCGAAGGACUGCCGCGAGACGGUGCCGAUCACGAACGAGGCCAACACGGCGAAGGAGAUCAUACGACUGAUCGAGGAGAGCGAGCACGACUACCAGACGGCAAUAUCGGAAAACUAUCAGACGAUGUCCGAUACGACGUUCAAGGCGCUCCGGCGGCAGCUGCCCGUAACGCGAACGAAAAUCGACUGGAGCAAGAUCGUAUCGUACAGUAUCGGUAAGGAGCUGAAGACGCAGUAAAAAGCGCAAAGCGGGCGCGCUGCCUUCCCCUCCUUUCCCGGACACGUAUACACGCUGCAGUCGGCGGGGGCAGUCUGGCCGGGGCCGGUCGGAUACGGCAGAACACGCGACAUAUAAAUAAGGAACUAAGGCGCAUGUUAAAGGGCAAGGGCGCGCGAAACACGAGGAAAGUUAAAAGGGAAUGCGAACUAGAAAAAUGAGGCGACAAGGUGAAGCUUUUUUUCUUCUUCUUUUUGUUUGUUAAUUUCGUACGUACAAGAUGAUAGCAAGAUCCCUCCCCCCGUGCGCGCAAUGCUAAUGGAGGUAUCAGCAUUGGAAGGUUCCGCAGCGAGUGAGAGGGAGAAAGAGAGAGAGAGAUCCGCAAACACGCACGAAGGACCAGAGUUCUUUCAAAAACUAGUAUUCAAAAGCGCCGUUUGAAGUAUGAUAAGGGGAAGUAGCGGAGCGAUAGUAGACCCCCUACACGAUGCGUAACCGUAAUCGUCCACGAUCGCCUCUCGUGGUGGUUAAGGUGGUUAAUGAUAUAGCGAACCUGUCCAUUCACAGACGAUACCGAUCUCUGCUCGCUGUCUGUUUGCUGCUUUAGAUUCGCGUUUAAUGGUCCCUUUUCCUGGAGCCUGCUUUUUUUUUUGCGAUCGGCCGAACAUCUUGAGACGUUCGUUUUCUUUCUCUUUUUUUACCUUUUGAUUUUAUGAACUACUGUGUAAGUAACAUUUGUGAAUCCAUGAGAAGUAGUAGAACUGUGUUUAGUGAAAAAAGGGGGCGUUGAGCGGGGGGGGGGGGGGGGGGGAGAGAAUUUAAAACGAUGCAUAACACAAACACGUGGAGCACUCGCGCGCGAUACAACACCCGCUGGUAGGCAAUUUACUAAGAACGAAAGCACACAAACCGACAGACAGACACACAUACAUCGUAGCGUUACUACAGGAAAAGCGAGUUGGUUAAACGAAACACGGCAAAGCUAAACCGAAGCAUGGGAAAUAAAUAUCUUUAAUGAAAAAGAAUAAAAAAAAACCCACAUUAAAACAUUAA